CUUUGCAGUGUCAUACACUUUUUAUUUACCUUUGAGGCUUGAAAAUAAAAAGGUGUACGGUGAGAAAAUUAGGUUUCGGUACCUAGUCUCGUAUUCGAGUUUUGUAACUUAUCUAUGGUGAUUACUGGCUUUGGUAGUGCUGAUUAAGUGAACGAGUGUUUAGUGAACUAUUUAUUAUUUGGUUUGUGGUGUAAAGGUUUUCUAAAUUUAAUUAUAAAUCCCGCAUAUACAUACUUGCGCCGUCAUAUUUCCCCUAGUUAAACGGUAUGUAGGAAAACUGUGUUAAAUUAAAAACUAGACAUUGUGCUGGGAUUAGAUUUAAAGUCGUCGGAAGCCGUUUGUUUAUAAUUUGACGUGACAUGUCAAAUGUAAAACGGUGGUAACAAAAAAUAAUUUUGAUGUUUCCUUGAUAAAUUUUAAAUUAUGUGUAAUAUAAAGACUUACGAAGUUCGUCUAAAUUGUACACAAAUAUGUACGAAAUUGGUUAAUAACACGUAAAUUAAUUUCCAUCCAAUAUUAUGAUGUACCCAGUAAAUAAAAAUGAAUCGGCUACUAAAAUUUCGUGUAUAUAUGACACUCCAUGUGACCCUAAGGACAGCGAUUAUGAGAAGUUGUUUUGCCCCAAUAAUGAACUAUCCGAACCUCCGAGGGCCCGCAGUGAUAGACUUAAAACGGGCUCUUCUUGCCAAGCCUUAAAACAUGCGGUGGCUGCCCUACACCGGCUCGAUGACUUCCGAAGAGAAAAAAUUGGCGAGGGCUUUUUUUCCGAGGUCUUCAAGGUAACCCACCGGGUCACGGGCCAGGUGAUGGUCCUGAAGAUGAACCAGCUGCGCUCCAACCGCCGCAACAUGCUGAAGGAGGUGCAGCUGAUGAACCGCCUGUCCCACCCCAACAUUUUGCGGCUGAAGGGGGUGUGCGUCCACGAGGGGCAGCUGCACGCCCUCACCGAGUACAUCAACGGAGGCUCGCUGGAUCAGCUGAUACAAAACAGGAGCAUAGACCUGCCCCAGGUCACGAGGGUCGCCAUCGCCAAAGACAUCGCCACCGGCAUGGAGUAUCUGCACUCGAAGGGCGUUUUCCACAGGGAUUUGACCAGCAAGAAUGUCCUCAUCAAACGCCUGGAAACCAGCAGGCUCCAGGCCGUCGUGGGCGAUUUCGGCCUGUCCACCAACAUACCGGACUCCAGCAAGACGAAGCUGUGCACGGUGGGUUCCCCUUACUGGAUGUCGCCGGAGUGCCUCAAGGGUCAGUACUACGACGAGCAGAGUGACGUAUUUAGUUACGGAAUAGUGUUGUGCGAACUGAUUGCCCGCGUCGAAGCCGAUCCCGAUUACCUGCCCAGGACUGACAAUUUUGGACUAGAUUAUCUAGCGUUUACGGAAUUGUGCGGGUCGAAUGUAGUACCUGAGUUUUUAGCUUUAACUUUUAGGUGUUGUGCUAUCGAGCCUAAGAGUCGUCCAACAUUUACGGAGAAUGUUCGUACGUUAAGUGAUAUUUUGACUGAUAUGAAAAUGGCGGCCGAGAAAGAAGCCAGGAUGACGAACUGCGCAGCUAAAAGCGAGGAACAACUCCCCGUCCUAUCCAUCCAAUCGUGCGUUCCUCAACACCGUAAAAUUGUCCACCGACGGUCGUUGUCAGAGGACGUAUCGAUGCUGGCGAUUUCUAUGUACGCCACGCCUAGCGAUAAGGCUCGCCGCCACGCCCUCAUAAUGUGCCGACAGGAUCCUCACUACAAACCGCGUACCACUAACCCGUUCGCCGCGCUCACUCACUUCCACGGCGUGAAAAAGUUCCUUGGCAAUUUCUCUUCUUGCUGCGAGAUGCCGUCGAGUUUCAUCGAAUCGACAGAAUCACCAAAGUCUCUACCCGGCUCACCCACCGCAUCGCGGAAGGCCGCUACAAUGCGGUCCCCACUCUUCGUACACUCCCUGUGCAAGGGAGGUUCUAGUUCUAAUUUGACGGAGUUUUGCACAAACGAAAUUCCUAGUACUGGCCUCAGACGUAGAGGUUCCUGCGAAUCCGGCUUCUACUCUAGCGUGGGGGAGUGUCUCUCGCCUAGCAGCUUGUGGGGCGACAGCGGAACCGCUGUGAGUUCCAUAAGAUCGUUGGAUGAAUUGGAACCCGCUGAGCUCCACGCGCUUUGUAAAAGAGCUUCUUCAAUUUGUACCGAUAGCAGCGAAGACAUAUCUAGCUUGACCGGCUCGGACUGGACCCAAGAUUUAAAACCCUCUAAUAUAAUGGAUAUCGUUAACUAUUUCGAGAAGAAGGGUGCGUCUUUAAGGCAUCCCGGGGGCGUCAGGGGCAGCUUGCAGCUUAGUUCAAGAAUAGCAGCUUUAAGGAGAUCCUUAGAAAAACAUACUAGUUCAACGGGGGCCUCGGGCUCCAAUUCACAUUUGACGCCCCAGCGGCCCAAGUGUUCUAGGCUCGUUGUGUGCGAGGGUGCUGUGAGAUCAAAGUUGCCUCUUUUUGAUAAAAAGUAGGCCAGUCUUCCUUGUUUUGUUUUUCUUCUAGUCAGAUCGUACACGUCUAAAGGGAGUUAUUAAUCGAGGCCUAAGUGAUGCUGUAUUUAAAAAAAAAUGUCUAUAUUUUAUACUCAGAUUGUAUAUAUUUUAAGGAAUUACUCUAAAAGUGACGCAAUUCAAUUCCUCAGUUGGUUUGAAUCAUUUGGGUAGUAUUCCACGAGACUGCUUCGCAAGUUAUAACAAUUUAUUUUUAGGGCUUAAAAAUAUUGGCCAUGUGUAAUAUAUUCUGCACUUUUGUUUGACGAUUUUCAAAAUAAUAUUAAAUGUAGGUAUAGGACAGAGGAAAUAUUAGCUAAAUCGUGGCAACUCUUUCAUAAACUUAGUGUACGUGCAUAGGUAACUUCGAAAUAUUAAAGAAUAUUUUUCAAGUAAAUAUUUCAUAAAUUCUACAAAUAAAACCGGAAGUCAUAUAUUUUGAUUAGAUUAUUUUGAUUGUUAUCCUCAUUCAUUAAACAUAUUUUCGGCAGCUCCUUCAUAUUUCUCUUUGAUUGCUUAUUAUUGUAAAUAUUGUAUAUGGCCAAAUAUUUUAAUUUAAAAGUAGUCAUAAAAGGUGCUUUUUGUUGUUUGUUUCAUAUUUUUUGUAAAAAAGUUAUGAAUAAAUAUAUUUCCUCAAUUUUUUUUGUAAUUUAAAAUUACAAGGAUAAAAUAAAUUGUUAAAACUACAUUUAAUUAUUCUACAGAGAAAAAAUGGGGUUAGUAUUAUGUGAUUGAAUGAUCGAGUUAUAUUUUAAAUUGGUUAAUUGUUAUUAGUUCUGUUUUAAUGAAGGUGACCGUCCAACUGAUGUAUUAAAUAAUCGUGAGAUGUAUUAUUUUUUAUUUAUGAUUUAGUUUCCUUGUUGAGCAAGCAAGUAUUAAUACAGUUUGUAACGGUCUGUUGUAAUCUUCCACAAUGUCUUGUCAAUAAUAUGUAUACAAGUUGUUUAGAAAUUAAAUAAUUUUUCAUA